CAAAGAGGCUUACGCAGGCACCGCAAGGUGAACGAAGCUUUUCCUGUGCUCCAGCCGUCAAAGUAGUAGCUCUUUGCUGUGCUUUCUCGCGGCGGCUGCAUAUUGUUGACCACUUGCAUACAUAUUGUUGCGUCACUGCACAUUGCUCUCACGGACAUCACCGCUCUCACAACUGCACAUUGCUCGCACGAGGCAUCACUGCUCUCACAACUGCUCUCACAACUACUACCGAUUCACACACAAGCAACAUGCUCGCUCUCCGACACCUGGCGCGGCGCACGGCCGCGCGCGGCUUCGCGACGUCGACGAACAGCCGGACGUGGAAGGUCUACUUGAGUGGUGAGAUCCACAGCGACUGGCGCGAGGUCAUCGGCGACGGCGUGGCCCAGCGCAACCUGCCCGUGACGAUCGACGCGCCGAACACGAGCCACGAGGACUCGGACGACUGCGGCGCCAUCAUCCUCGGCGACGAGGAGAAGCGACCGAACUACGACAACAAAGGCGCGCGCCUGAACCUGAUCCGCACGCGGACCCUGAUCGACGACGCGGACGUCGUCGUCGUGCGCUUCGGCGACAAGUACCGCCAGUGGAACGCGGCUUUUGAUGCUGGCUACGCGACGGCCAAGGGCAAGGCCCUCGUGACGCUGCACCCGCCGGGCGUGUCGCACAUGCUCAAGGAGGUCAACGCGACGGCGCUCGCCGUCUGCGAGGACGCGUCGCAGGUCGUCGACGUCCUGGACUACGUCAUCACGGGCGCCCUGCCGGAGCCGCGCGACGGCCCGGGCUUCAAGACGAUGAUGGAGCGCCAGGGCGCGGGCAACCCGAACCCCGGGGGCUGAUGAGUGUAGGCUCCUAACUAAACCUAACCUACUAGCGCC